CGUGCAUCGUCGGUCGCAGAACCGGGGGAGUUAGCACUUCGGGGAUGUGGUAGCUCCUUCUCUCGUAUGCAGCACUGUCACGGGGAGAGUGUCUCUUUUUUCCUCUCAUUGACGUCCUCUUUAAUUUUUCCGUGCCUUAUAAGUACAAAAUAAAGGAGUGUACCCCGCUGUAUGUGACUGUCAGCCGCCGUGCCUCUGAGGCGAACCGGCGGAGGGAGGAGAUGCGACGUUAUUCAAGGAAGAAGAAUGUUGUUUUGGCAGUGCUCCUUCUUGUCACGGGAUUGUACUUCAUUAGCCAGUCAGACUUGCUCAUCGCUGGUCUGACAAGGUCACAUGAACAGAUUCCAAAUGACUUAUAUUGGCAAGCAGAGAGGCUGGUCAGUAAGGAGUCCUGGGUUGAACAGGGAAAUUACCUGCCUCUCAAUGUGUCCUAUCAGCUGCUUGCUGGAGCACCAUCGACUGAACAGAAGUAUUUAUCUGUUGGAUUAUCAUCGAUAAAGAGGAAGAAGGGCAGCUAUCUAAUUCCCACCUUGCAGUCCCUCUUCUCCCAGUCAUCACCUGAGGAACGCUCCUCCAUGGUGGUGGUAGUGCUGCUAGCAGAUUUCGAUGUCAGCUGGAGAGUCACUACAGUGAGGGAGAUCAAAACUGCCUUUGCCUCAGAGCUGGAACAAGGCCAGCUGGUGGUCCUCCAUGUUCCUCAGGAUUUGUACCCUCCUCUUACAGGUCUAAAGAGGAACUAUAAUGAUGCUCCAGAAAGGGUAUCAUUCCGCUCCAAACAGAACUUGGAUUACUCUUUCCUAAUCCACUACUCUGCCAGCCUUGGCCAGUACUACCUCCAGCUAGAGGAUGACGUCUCCUCUGCCAAAAACUUUCUUACUUCCAUCAAGAGGCAUGUUGAGGAGCAAGAGGCGAAGAAGACCACUUGGGCAAUGCUGGAAUUUUCAGCCCUCGGCUAUAUUGGGAAACUCUACAGGUCAGCCCACCUUCCUCUCCUGGCCCGCUUCCUCUUCAUCUUCUACCAGGAAAUGCCCUGUGACUGGUUGAUGUCUCACUUUCGAGAGCUGCUGACUCAGAAAACGCCAAUCCUCUUUAAACCCUCGCUGUUCCAGCACAUGGGCACUUUCUCCUCAUUCCAAGGGACAUACAACAAGCUAAAGGACAAGGACUUUGAGGAGGGAUUCUACACCAAUCCUGCAGCUGAAGUUUACUCUGAUAUGUCCACCUACCAGAAACACUUCCCCAAAUUGGCAUGGGAUGCUGGGGAGGGAUUCUUCUGGGGACGCUCCCCAGAGAAGGGAAAUUACCUGACAGUGGUGUUCACCGACCCCACAGUGGUGAAGGGGAUAUUUAUAGAGACGGGGUCGGGGGGUAAAGACCUCCUGGAGUCAGCUCAGGUGGAGACAGGCCAUGAUGUAGUUACCCUCAAGAGAGGGGAGAAGAGUUGUAAAGAGUUCCAGUCAGUGGGGACGUUUGAGAAUGGGAGGUUUGAAAUGCAGGAGAUGGACAAAAAGUAUAGCUCUGCCUCUUCCUGUCUCAGGAUACAAGUCACAGGUGGGCAGAAGGAUUGGCUGAUCAUUAAGAAAAUCAGGAUUACAACAAAACUGAGUACACCUCCACGCCAAGCAUAGGUGUGAAUUUUUCUUCCUGCCAGAUUAAUAAUUUGUUUAUCUGCCACACCUUGUAUGCAGACUGAUCAUUUGACUUUUGUGCCUUGUUAAACAGUUUCACUGAUGAAACAAUUCAGUGCUUAAUAAAACUGUAAAGCUACUGUCAGUAUGAAGAAAAUAUUUGACCAAGCUCUGUGAUCUGUCUCUUCAACAUAAUGAAGAGAUAUGCAAUGAUAUGUUAUUAUCUGCAAUAAAAAACAGUAGUUCCAUGUGUUUAUACAUUUUAUGCAUUUAAGUAAAUACAUGACUCAGAUUGACACAUGCACACUAGAGGUGGCCUUUGUGUUGUCCAUUGUUUCUAAAUGCUGAGGUGUGAAGGAGGGAAUAACUCACUGAAAUUCAUGUGGUUUUAUAAUGGUGAGUCAUGGGAACAGGGACAUUUUGUGUUGCAGGCGAGUGUGCUAUGUGUGUUUGUCAUGGCUGACAGGGUUAGGCUGUAACACAAUGUCCCUUAUCAGAACACACAAAGUUUACCUAGAAUUUGAGAGUACACUUAAUCAAACCACUGACUGACACAAAUACGCGCUUUCCACAGAGGACAAAACAAUAAUUUAAUCUUUGUGAUGUUUAACGUCAUUGCAACUCAUAUUGUUGCUCUGGUCAGCUCACAGAACAAUACGACAACUGAUAAAAUACUAACCACAGCAGAGGUAGAACCCACAGAGAAAGAGGAGGGAGGAACUGGUUGUAUAUAGGCAUUGUCAAAGUGGUUUUGGGGCUUGGGGGACUUUUACAGUAAUCAUUAUGAGUAAUCAGUGGUUGGCUAAAUUAAGUAUUUUAUUGUGGUCGUAUUUGCUACCAAAAAGUGCCAGCUAGCAUAGCAUUAGCACCAGCAAAUGCCAGUUAAACAAUAACCAAGUAGGUUUAACAUUGCCUCUUUUAUGCUUUGUUAGCUGUACUAUUAGAUAUUUUCACUUUAUAAAUGUGAUAUUUAAGUAUAAUAUGAUAAAUAUUCCAAGGUAAAAUUAAUCAUUUUGUUAGUUAAUAUUAUGUAAAUUUAAAUUGUGCUGUCAUUUACUUUUUGGAAAUGUUUGAGUUUAAUUUUGAAAAUGAAUUUUAUUUUGAUUGAUUUUGAAAAAUGAAUGUUGUGAACCAAAUUAUGUUAAAAAUUAAAGGGUCUAGUUUCUGGUCCUUAAUUAUUGUAACAUUAUUUCAAUAUAUCAAAAUCAACUAAAUUUCUAUUCUUGGCACCCUUUUGGUUCAGUGUCAGUAGCACACUGAGCUUGACAAUGUUGAUUCAAUCUUUAUUUACUAUCUGCAUUAAAAAAUAUUUUAAGACA